GAAUUCGCGAUAGUUGGCUUCAACGCGCGCAUGCCCGUAAGAGAGGAGGAGGGCGCAUGUCGACCUCUCGACGACGCGCUCGCGGAGAGAGUAACCAGUCCACCCAGUCAUUAUUGAGCGGACAACGCGGUUCUUCUCCGACGACUGCCGCGGACUUUACGGAACCUUCGCCGCGCCGACGGAACUUCUUCGACGACCGCCGAGCGAUAUGGACGCGUCGUCAGCGGCGAAAAGAUUGCUCGUUUUGGCCACGUGCGCUUUGGUUCUUUCGUGCGUUGGCGCAGCAGCAACAGCAGCAGCAGCUAAUGAAACUGGUGUCCACGCCAAGCCGCUGUGCAAGGAGGUUGCCUUCGGCUGUCCAAUCGGUUACGAGUGCAGGACGCCCAAGGAAGGUUGCCAGAGCCACUGUGAAUGCUAUGACCCGGUAGCCAAUGCGUCUCUGCCGCAGGGCUGUCCCAUCCGCGUCAAGCCAUGCGAGGAAGGACACUUCUGCAAGCCGGACAAGAUCGGUGACUGCCACGCUUGCAACUGCGACACGCCCUGCUCUCAGGCGACGGGCCGUUUCUCGUGCAAGCCCAAGGCGAACCAGGCCUGCACCCGAAGGAUGGCCCGCGGAAGCUGUCCCGUCUGCCAGUGCGAGGAGUGCCCGCCCAGGGUGUGUCCACGUGACUGCUACGUCAUUCAGCUGGACGCCGGCUGCAAGGAGGUCUGCAUCUGCACCGGCAAGGACGGCGUGCCGUUUGCCCUUCUCAACAGUGCCACCUACUCGUAUUAAUAAAAGACGGAAUAAAAAGGAAAAAAAAAGGCUGCAGACACUAUGCGACCUUGUACAAUCGCAUAACAAUUUCUCGUGAAUUAGUUUCUUUCAAGCUGUUGCUUUAUUGUAAUUAAACCAGAAACUUUGAAAAGUU